AUGGCAACUACGAGUCUUCACUCGUGGGAGUACCUCGAGACCCUGCCUGGUGUCCAGUUUUAUCGACUAUACAAAAGCCCUUCUUCCGCGCUGGCCAUCUUCAGAAAGCGGUUAUCGAGUCUCGCGAAGUCCUUUGUCAUGAUGUUACUGUACAUGCCGAAACCGAUGCCCGUCAAGAAUCUCGAGUUACUCGUGAAGGACGCAAGUCGAGGUGAACGCGAAUAUGCAGUAGACUUGCUCCGCCGCUAUCACAUACUCAAAGAUGUCACAUCAAACUCUUCCAGGGCUUUCGCAUUGACAGCUGAAUUUGCAAGAUCGUUACGAAGCGCUUUGACUGGGGCUGGAGAGCUCGGAUCGUUCGGACAGCCAGCCCGAGUACCUGAGAAGAAGAGGGUGGCCAUCACCGAACUUGACGAAUAUUCUCGUCAAAGAUGGGAAGGUAUCCUGGGCUACAUGGUUGGCUCGUCUUCGACUGCCAUUGAUUCUGAUCAGAUUGCUAUUGAUCCAUCCCCAGGCGUCAUUGAACUACUGAGGGCAGGUCAUCUUAUUGAGACCAAUGGAACAUAUAGUCGUGGCCAAGUGGCUAGCAUUACCAAAGAAGGCUUUGCUUUUGUCCUCCAGGAUAUCAACACCCAAAUAUGGGCUCUCCUUUUCCUUUAUGUCGACAAUGCUGAGGUAUUUGAGAUGGACAAAGUCGAUGUGCUUUCCUUCCUAUUCCUUGUCUCAUCCCUCGAACUUGGUCUCGCAUAUUCGACUGCUACCCUCAAUGACACCCAAUUACGCUGUCUCUCAGAUCUCAUCUCUCUUGGCAUUGUUUACCAGCCACUUGACACAGAUGGAACUCCGGCGGACUAUUUCUAUCCGACACGACUUGCGGCCACAUUGACCUCCGAUUCAAAUCUUUCACUUGCAGCUGCCAAUUCAGCCGUGAAUUCAGCAGUUGGCUCCUCUUUGUCGUCAUCUCCUGAUACCUCGACAAAAGGCUUCAUCAUUGUGGAGACAAACUAUCGAGUCUACGCAUAUACAUCUUCUCCGCUUCAAAUUGCCCUUCUGCAACUAUUCGUCAAUCUACGCUCUCGACAUCCAAACCUGGUGACAGGUAAGAUGAGCAAAGCUUCUGUUCAGCGUGCGGUGCAGGCAGGAAUCACGGCCGAGCAAAUCAUAUCUUAUCUUACAUCACACGCCCACCCGCAGAUGCGACGGAGAGCUCAGGCAGAGCAAGCACAGUUGCAGGCUCGUGGCACCGAUCAGGGUCGCGUUAUACCCGUGCUCCCGCCAACCAUUCUCGAUCAAAUUCAUCUCUGGCAGCUCGAGCGGGAUCGGAUGACAACAACGUAUGGAUUUCUACUGAAAAACUUUCAAAAUCAUGCCGAAUACGAGGCUCCUUGUCGCUACGCAGAUGAGAUUGGCGUCUUGGUCUGGAAGGAUGAUAAGAAACGGAUGUUUUUUGUGAAUCGCAUUGAGGGUGUGAGAGCGUUCAUGGCUGAAAGGAAAGCAAGCGCGCAAGGAUAG